AUGGCAAUAUUAGAAGAAAUUCAAGAUGAUGAUAAGGAACUCUUGAGUCAAAUUACCGGGCUUAAAGAUAGUGAAAUACGAACCAUUCGCCCUUCGGAAGCCAUACGCCGUUCUAUACGAAGCAAGGGAGUCUCCACUUCUCGUGGUACCCAACCUGGUGACGGCGAUACACCUGAGGAAUGGGAUUUGAAUAACGAGGAGUAUGAUUCAGACGAGGAAAUUGACGAUCGAAUGGAUACCAAUGCUCAAGAUCUCUAUGUCCAACUAGAAGAUGACCGGCUCAGCAGCACUAUGGAAGCUGGCUUUGAUCUUGUUGCAUGGUUCCUUCCUUUUGCUUUUAUGUUUGAAAUGCUUAAUCUUCUGGUUCAAAAGCAAUACAAUCAAGAUACUACAUUUAUGGGCGAGGUUAAAACCUUGAUAGCCCGUCUUCCACCUUUGAUCCUCUUAAUUUGGUGGAAUUUACAUGAAAAGCGACGAAAACUCACACAGCUUGUGAUGCUUGUUGUAGGUACAUUUUCUGGCUGCUACUUAGCCUAUCUGGUCAACAAGAUGCCUCCUAAGAAGUCUGCCAUUGCGGCCGCUGCCACUAAGCAGGGUAAGAAGAAGAAGUGGUCGAAGGGCAAGGUCAAGGACAAGGCCCAAAACGCUGUCUACCUUGACAAGGCUCUGUACGAGCGUGUGAUCAAGGAGGUGCCGACCUUCAAGAUGAUCACCCCCAGCAUUCUGAUCGACCGUCUGAAGAUCAACGGCUCGGUUGCUCGUUUGGCUAUUCGCCACUUUGAGCGCGAGGGCCAGAUCAAGCGCCUGAUCCACCACCACGGCCAGCUUGUCUACACCCGCACUGGCAGUGACUAA